AUGCCUUCGGAUAACCACAUCAAAGCAGCCUUGUCUCUCAUCGAGGACAAGUCCAAGAUCCUUGGCUUGACCAUCGGCAACUAUGAGAACGUGCAACCUGGAACAUACCUACCCCGCAAAGCAUGUCAAGAGCCCCCGAAGCUCUCCUUCACUGGCACCAACCCUAACAGCACCUACAUGAUCGUGAGCAUGGACAUCGAUGCCCCCUUCCCUGGCUUCGGAGUCCUGGGUCCCAUACUUCACUGGAUCCAGUCCGAUGUCAAAGCCACCAGCGAGGGUGUGCUGGAGUACGAAGCGCCCUUCGUCGCCAACUACAUCGGCCCUGCUCCCCCUCCAAUGAGCUCGCCCCAUCGGUACACCUUCUUCCUGUACGAACAGCCUGCAGACUUUGAUCUCACGGCCCAUGCACCUGCUGGUGGUAAGAAGCUUGGCAACUACAAUCGUAUGUGGUACGAUCUUGAUGCUUGGGCAGAGAAGAUCAAGCUUGGUCCUCUUGUGGCUUUCAACUAUUUUACCAGCAACUAG